AACCUCAACUCCCCUCUCUAUAGAUCUGAUUCCCCCCCAAUAAAAAGAAAAGCCCAAAAGUACUUUAACUAUACCGCCACCUACAAGUCCACCCCGGCCCAGUCAGUCCAGAGAGACAACACCAUGGAAGAACCCACAGCUGAUAUCAUUGUCCCUCUAAUACCGAAGGAUGACAACAGUACCCCUCCGUCCACCUCGCAGCCACCAGAAGAAAUCCACCAACUGCACGAACCGGAGGAAGGAGAGGAGGAGGAGAACUCGCCGGUCAGACAGGUGGCCCUCACCGUACCCACCACCGACGACCCGACCCUGCCCGUGCUCACAUUCCGCAUGUGGGUCCUCGGGGUCUUGUCCUGCGUGCUCCUGUCGUUCCUCAACCAGUUCUUCUGGUACCGGACGGAGCCGCUCUCCAUCACCGCCAUCUCGGCACAAAUCGCGGUGGUGCCACUGGGACAGCUGAUGGCGGCCAAGAUAACGGACCGGGUUUUCUUCAAGGGGAAGAGGUGGGAGUUCACGCUGAAUCCCGGGCCGUUCAACGUCAAGGAACACGUGCUCAUCACCAUCUUCGCGAACUCGGGUGCCGGGUCGGUUUAUGCCAUCCAUGUGGUUACGGUGGUUAAGGUGUUUUAUAAGCAGAACAUCACCUUCUUCGUGUCCCUAAUCGUCAUCGUAACAACGCAGGUGUUGGGGUUCGGAUGGGCUGGGAUAUUCAGACGGUACUUGGUGGAGCCAGCUGCCAUGUGGUGGCCGGCUAAUCUGGUCCAGGUUUCGCUUUUCAGGGCUCUGCACGAGAAAGAAGAAAGGCCCAAAGGAGGGGUGACCCGAACCCAAUUCUUCCUCAUUGCCCUCACCUGCAGCUUCUCUUACUAUGUCUUCCCAGGCUACCUUUUCGAAAUGCUGACUUCCUUCUCUUGGAUCUGCUGGAUAUUCCCCACUUCAGUACUAGCCCAACAGCUCGGCUCGGGCCUUUACGGGCUUGGUAUCGGCGCUCUGGGCUUUGACUGGUCCACCAUCGCCUCCUACCUCGGAAGCCCACUCGCGAGCCCGUGGUUCGCCACGGCCAACGUUGCUGCUGGAUUUGUGUUUGUCAUGUAUGUGUUGACCCCCAUAUGUUACUGGCUUGAUGUCUACAAGGCCAAAACUUUUGCAAUAUUUUCUGACGAGCUCUACCAAUCCGACGGCCAAGAGUACAACAUCACAAGUAUAAUCGACUCCAAUUUCCACCUUGACCUUGCGGCCUAUGAGCGAGAAGGGCCAUUGUACCUCAGCACAUUUUUUGCCAUGACUUAUGGUGUUGGCUUCGCGGCGCUUACUGCUACAAUCGUGCACGUGCUACUGUUUCAUGGAAGGGAAAUUUGGGAGCAGAGCAGGUCGAGUUUCAAAGAGAAGAAGAUGGACAUACACACAAGACUCAUGAGGAGGUACAAAGAAGUGCCUGAGUGGUGGUUUUGGUUGAUUCUUGUUGUGAACGUUGCAGCCACUAUAACUGCCUGUGAGUAUUACAUUGAUCAGCUCCAGUUGCCAUGGUGGGGUGUUUUACUAGCUUGUGCCAUUGCCAUUGUCUUCACUCUUCCGAUAGGGAUCAUCACUGCUAUCACAAACCAGACGCCGGGCCUGAACAUCAUCACCGAGUACAUUAUUGGGUAUAUAUACCCGGGAUAUCCGGUCGCUAACAUGUGCUUUAAGGUGUAUGGGUACAUUAGCAUGACACAGGCUGUCACCUUCCUCCAAGACUUCAAACUUGGUCACUACAUGAAAAUUCCACCUAGAACAAUGUUCAUGGCACAGGUUGUGGGAACCCUAAUAGCAUGUAUCGUCUACUUGGGCACCGCCUGGUGGUUAAUGGAAACAAUCCCCGACAUCUGCGAGUCAACAUCCUCCCUCUGGACUUGCCCUGCUGACACCGUGUUCUACGACGCGUCUGUGAUCUGGGGAUUAAUUGGGCCCCGUAGAAUCUUUGGAAAUGAAGGCACUUACGGAGCGAUCAAUUGGUUCUUCCUCGGGGGAGCAGUUGCCCCACUCCUAGUCUGGUUAGCCCAAAAGGCAUUUCCAAACCAAGACUGGAUACGGCUGAUCAACAUGCCGGUGUUGAUAGGGGCCACCGGAUACAUGCCCCCAGCCACCGCAGUUAACUACACUACUUGGAUCCUCGUCGGGUUCUUGUCUGGCUUUGUUGUGUAUAGAUACAGGCCGGAUUUGUGGAUGAAAUACAAUUAUGUGCUCUCUGGUUCACUGGAUGCUGGUCUGGCUUUUAUGGGGGUGCUCUUGUAUUUUUGCUUGGGAUUGGAAGAUGUGAGUCUUGAAUGGUGGGGGAAUGAUAUUGAUGGGUGUCCUUAUGCGUCCUGUCCUACAGCCAAAGGGGUUAAGGUGUCUGGCUGCCCUGUGGUCUCCUAAUGUGUUUGGAUUCUAUGGCGGAGAAAAAAGUACAACCCUCUAUGUCCCCUUCUAUUCUUACCCAAAACAGAAUAAUCUAUCAUUUUUGUAAGAAAAGCAAGCUUAAAGCAAAACUUCAAUUAUAGGGGUAGAAUGCAUGGUAAACUCGUCAAAGAGAACUGAAUAUGCAUUUCACAGAACAAUGAGAUGCUGCUUAUGUUAAGUCCUUCAGGGUGGAUAAAAGGAGAGAUAAAAGGCAUAGUUCAACAUAUUGCUAAUCUAUGGCUUAAAGGAAGACGGAGAAGAACUUUUAAAAUAAAUUUCUCUUGAAUAAAGGUGUUUCUUGCUUUGCAGUUUACAUAAAUCCUGCUUAAAAGAUCCCAACGUACCUAUUGGGCCAUAAAAAUGACCAUAGUUACCAUAUUGUGGUAAAUAGUAACGCAGCACCAAUUUACAGCAACUGCAUAAUACGAUAACCUAUAACCAUUGCCUUCAAAUUCCUUCUCUCCCAUUCACUAACUAUUUUCAAUGAAGAUCGGUAUCCCAAAACCCUUAGUAUUUUUCCAUCAUUUAAGAAAUAGCCUAUGCUCCUUCCCUUAUUUAGCAUAC